UGAAACAGACUUCAAGAAUCGGUCGGUAAAGUUGAUUGCCAACGUGUUUUUGUAUUCGGGAUUUGAAAUUCCAGUUCAAGAUGUUUUAUGGACAAAAAAUGAAGAAAAGAUAGAUGUUUUAAGCCGUGAAGAGAAAUAUUCACAAGUAAGUGUUGAGGAUCCAUCACUGACCAUAUUCGACGUCAAUCCUCACGACGCUGGGUCUUAUCAACUAACAGCCAUCAACGCAGUAGGGUCAACGCAGAGUGAUGCAAUAAUAUUAGGAAUUCCUGAAAUCAUUUUUGAAAGAACUGAAAUAAAAGAAGGAAGUGUAUGGUUCAGAACGACAAUAACAUCAAUUCCAACACCUUACUCCGUUGAAUGGCUAAUGAAAAAAAACAACGAUGACACGUUCUCGUCAGUAAAUUGCUAUGCUGAAGAAUUCAAAGGGACUGCAAAUGUUUUACCUCAUCCUGUCCUUGUUGUCAAACAGAGAAAUCUUGGUGAAUAUUGCUUUAAAAUAAAGGCGAUGAACUUCAUUGGAAACACAGAAUUGGUCAUUCCAGCUUAUCAGAAGACAUUUGACUCCAGUACAAGAGAGAAUAUCAGUUUUGCAGUUUUAUUUAACGACAUUGCAAAAUCGUUUCCUAUGGAAAAGCUCAACCAAUUAAAGUUUUUAAUUUCAAAUUCUUGUAAGUUUAAGGAUAAGACAUCUUUACUGGAAGCGAAAUCUGUAGCAGAAUGCUUGGGAGUUCUUAAGGACAACGAACUCUUUCAGCCAUCUGAUGUGAUUUUCAUUCAGUUUUUACUGAAAGAAACAGAUUGCUGGGAUCUAUAUAAACAAUGUAUAAAAUAUGCAGAAGAGCAAAAUGCAUUGUGCUUUUACGAAAAACAAUCAGAAAGUGGAUUCAAAAAUGUACAGUUUCACGUCAUGGGCAACUUAUCAAAUUAUACGAAAGAAGAGAUUUUUAGAAUUAAAAAAACUGUUGCUGUUAUUGUGGGAUGUACAGAAGAGGAAAUUUAUGUCAAUGGAAUUCUCCAUUCAUCAAGUUUCAUAGUGGUUUUUUCCGUGAAAGAGAUCUACUUGAGAAACAUUUUGGCUAUGAAACAGCAAGAUAAAGACAAACUUUGCAGCCUAAACAUCGACUACUUUAUUAUUGAGUGUUUAACAGUAUACUUAGUUUCUGGCUCAAAACCAUCUGUCGAUAUUAGAGAACAACACCAUCAAAUCAUGCAACCCGAUGAAGGCAUUGAGUAUGACAGCAGCGUCGAUCUAGUAUCAAUCAAAGAUCAGUUGUACAGCGGACUCCGCUGA